AUGUCAUUGGAUUUAGUUGAUAGCGAAGAAGAACAAGUCACUAUUGAAAAUGAGUGGUUAAAAUCAUGUUAUAAUAAUGAAACAGAAAUCAAAGAAUUAUUAUUAAAUAUUAAAAAAGAUAAAUUAGAUAUAAAUCAAAUGAUCGAUAAUAAUGGAACUAGUUUAUUACAUAUUUGUGCCUUACGUGGUUAUGAUAAAUUAUUAUCAUAUAUUUUAAAUGAAUUUGAUAAUUGUUUUAAUAUUUAUGUUAAUAUAAUUGAUAAAUAUGGACAUACACCAUUACAUUGGGCAUGUAUGGAAAAUAAUGUUGAAUGUUUAAAUAUAUUAAUUAAACA